AUGUCAAGCAGUAUUCAUGAUAGUGGUGUUGUUUAUUCUCAAACUCUAUCACAAGCCGAACUAAAAGAAAAAUACAAAUUAGCUAAGCCCUAUCUAACAUCAAAUUAUUAUUCACAAGUUGACUCUGCUAUAUGGAUCACUCAGCAAUAUAGAUUUGCUACCAUCGCUCCUACACAAGCUGGUAUAUGUGGUAGUAGUAUAUUCACUUGUGUUCAACUGCCAUCAGGAUUCCACAUUACAACAAUAGCAUUUAGUGGUGGUGGAAGUGGAGCGAUAGUACAACCAAAUCCAACACUAGUAUUUAGUUUUCCAGAGUUGACAAUGUUUGCCAAUAAUGUAGUCGGUGUAGCAAAUGUCAACUUGAAUAUCUUGGAUAGACUAAGAGAUUUACCAAAACUACAAAAGUUAUAUCUAAACUAUGACCAAACAGCAAAAAGUAUGCCAGCUGAUUUCGCUGAACAUCUUCCUUCGUUGAUUGAUUUCAGAGAGCUUUUAUGUCCAUUGACAACGAUUGAUCCGUUGUUUAACAACUCUAUCCUUCAAACUCUGCAGGCUGGCCCAUUAACACAUCUUACGAUUGAUCCAUCACUCAAUCUUUCAAAACUUGCAACGCUCACGCUGACAGUCAAUCCAUCAGUACCACAGACAUACAUUAUUACCCAAAAUUCAUUCCCAAUGUUGAGAGAAGUGGUAUUAAAUGGAUUCGCAUCUACAAUCACUCCAAGUCUUGAUCAGUUGAUUGGUUUGGAGUCAUUAACUAUCAAGAAUUCUUCAAUGACGGUAUUUCCAUUUGAUACAUAUCCACCACAAUUGAGAUAUCUUGAUAUUUCAUAUUCUCUUUUGACUUCAUUCCCAACUAUUCCACUUGCUCCUAAAAUGACUCAUUUAGUUUUACAAAAUACUAAGAUACAAGGUGAGGUACCAUGGACCCUUUUUCAGAAUAAAAUAUUAUUCGAUCUUGAUAUUCAAGAUAAUAUUGGUAUUAUUGGAACCGUUCCUCAAUCAUAUUGUCCAAACAAAAUAAAUAUGAUGAGAACUUCAAUAUCAAACGUGCCAGUUAUUGCAUAUGAAUCUACAAAUUUGAUAUUAAGAGAUAAAUCCGGUGUUGUUCGUGGUUAUCCAAUGGGAUGGGGUGGCUUGUUUUCAGGAUCCGUUUCUUAUUGGUUAGAUAUGAUUGGAAUGAAUGAAUUCAUUUUUUCUAUCAGUUCACCUAAUCCUAUUUAUGGUAUAGUGACUCCAUUCACUUUUCAAGUUGACUUUUAUUAUCCAGCGUAUCAAUUUCCUUUUACUUAUUUGGAAACAAAGUUUUCACUUGUUGAUGCUACUGUUGUUCAAGUACCAAAUGGAGUGUACCAAUUAAAACUUGCACAUGUUGAAAAUAUAGAAGCGUCUCUUCCAUAUUUAAAUUAUACCAUAUUGUUGAAUGGAACCAUUCCAUGUCAAGUAACAUCGGUCGUUGGUAAAAAUAUUACAUGUAACUCGGCAUCUAUUAUUUCAGAGGGUCAAUUAAAGGUUUUUAAUUCAAAUAACUAUUCAAACUCUACUGUGACCAUUUCAGUCGGAGACUUGUACCCAGUCAUCACCACACAACCAUCUACCACAGUCUAUGCUGAAAUUGGUACCCAACUAGAUUUUGAAGGUGUAUUUGGUCCCAAUCCAAACUUGGCGAUUAUUUACAUCAAUGGAAACAAUUCUAUUUGUAUUAAUACUGGUACUUCUACAUCCACAAAGAUUUCAUGUAAUGUAGAGUUAAACUUUAUUGGUGGAUUGACAAAUGUAACCAUCUUGGCUGAUGGGUUCCCAAGUACUCCAUACUUUGUAAACUACGAUACCCCACAAACCAAGUGUCCACAAUUAACAAAUAAUUGUUCGAAUCAUGGAACAUGUAAUAUUGAUGGUCAAUGUCAAUGCAAUAUUGGUUAUUAUUCAAAUGAUUGUUCAAUUGGAUACCCUGUAUUAUCAUCAGGAACAUAUGAUAAACAAAAUAACAAAUUGAUUUGUUUGUUUGGUAAUUUUGGACCAUAUAAUCAAGCGAAUGUAUCUGUAUUGGUAAAUAGUACUUUGGAUUGUGUAGUCACCUACAAAUCACAAUACAAUAUUAAUUGUACAUUGGGAUCAAAUCCAACAGCUGGUUUGGUAUCAUUCCAAAUUCAAGUUGAUAAUUUGACUGGUAGUGCAAAGGAUUUGUUUUAUAUUCCGUUACCUAAUAAUGGAACUAAUGGAGGUACAACUACUUCAUCAACAACAGGAGGAGGAGAAACAGCACAAGAAAAAUGUCAAAGAGAAACAUCAAAUUGCUAUGGUCAUGGUAAAUGUGAUGUGAAUGGUGUAUGCCAAUGUGAAUUAAAUUAUCAACCAUUAGAUAAUUGUUUGACAAAGAUUAUCAACAACACAAUCCAACCAAACAACACAUCACCAACUCCUGCUUUUAAUAUUGAUGGUGUAACAUUUCUUUUUGAAGUGGUUGCCAUUCAAGAGAUUGGUAUUGACAAUGAACUGAUAUUUGAAUUAUUGACAAACAAAUGGAAUUCAAAUAUUACAAAUAGUAGUGAUACAACUAUUGCAGUGUACAGUCUCAACCAUACACUUGGAAACACAACAAUCAUUACAUCAACCAUUUCAUUCUCUUCAAAACCAAGAGAUAUUCAAUUUGGUUCAAAGGUGCUACACAUCAAUCCAAAUUCAAUUAAAUUGUCGGUUAAUGUAACUGGUUGGAAAUACGCUUCAAUCCUAUCAACACUACGAGUCAUCUUUAAAACAACCAUCAACAAUAAUCAAACAAUAGAGUUUGAUUGUAAAGAUAUACCAAUUGACACUUUAACAUUUGAUCAAAUGUCAUCAUCACUUCAAUACCUCAGAGUCAUCAAAGAUAAUAUACAAUUUACAGGUAGAUUUAUCGAUUAUGUAUUGUCAGAUGGAAGAGAAGCAUUCUCUCGAACCUAUCUUAUCAACCAAACAAGUGUCCAAGGUGAUAAACAAUCAAACAUUCUCCUCGGAAUAAGUAUGCCACAAUGUCAAUCAUGUGUUCUCGAUCCUGAUUUCUCACCAUUAAUAGUUGACAAGAGUAAUGAUAGUGGAUGUGACAGUAAAUCAAAUACUUGGAGAAUCGUUGUUGGUGUUGUUGUUGGUGGUGUUGCAUUACUGGCCAUAUCAGCUGCAUCUGUUUUCUUUUAUAGAAAAAAAUGGAUACACCAUCGACAAGAAAUAUCAAUGAGCAAUAGACUAGGUUCAAUGAGAGAUUAG